AUGGAGUUGCAACGAGAGCGUGAAUUGCAAGAAGAGGCUGAACGUCAACGAGAGUAUCGCGAAAGACAGCUCCAAAUGCAAAGAGAAUACGAGCUGGAAGAGCAGCAGGAAAUUGAGCGACAACAGCAACUUCAACGGGAGCGCGAACGUGAACGUGAAAUACAGGAACAGCAAGAGCGCGAAAGGGAACUACAAUUACAACGUGAGCGUGAAAUUCAGGAACAAGAAGAGCGAGAACGGGAGCAUCGUGAACGACAGCUACAGAUUCAACGAGAGCGUGAACUUCAUGAAAGACGCGAGCGUGACAUCCAAGACUCUCGCGAUCGCGCAACUCCUGAAAGGCGUGAUCGUGAAUUCGGCCAACCUCAGACUCCGUCACCUCGCUCGUCUAUACAACUUCAAUCACAACAGAAGCCUUCUCGUCAAAAUACGCCCCCCCAGAUGGCUACUGUUAAAGACAAUGUUCAUGACUGGAUAGAAAACCAGCGUUCAACCGUGAGGGAAUUCCGAGAAAACGAUUGGAAUGAAAACCAAAUGCGCGACGAUGACUAUGUACCUCCCAAGGACAAUGAUUGGAACGAUAGGGAUAAUGCGAGAAGAACUUCAAGAGACAUUGAUUGGGAUAAUUCGGGAGGACGAAGGUCAUUGAGGGAUCCUGAAUGGUUUGGCAAGCGUGGUGGGGGAAGAGAUAGAGAUGUAGAUAGGCAACGAGGGCAUAAUCAAAGGGAUGAGAGGAGUAAUUAUCCGGAUAAUAAUUGGCCUGAAAAGGAAAGACGCGCGCAACGCGAUCCACGGGAUGCGGAUUGGGAGGAACGGAACCAACGCGGUCGAAGAGGCCCGCGGGACCCACGAGAUCUUGAUUGGGACGGCAGAGACAGACGUCCUCUUCGAGAACCCCGAGAUCCUGACUGGGAUAAUCGUGCUCGUGAGCGCCGGCGGGAGAGAUCUAAUCCACGUGAUUAUCGUGAUUCUGAAUGGGAUGACCGUCGAUAUCCUUCUCCGCGCGGAUCGCGAGAUUAUGAAUGGGAAGAACGAGGUCGUCCCAUUCGUCGGACUGUUAAUGAUCAUUGGGAAGCACAUAAUGAGCGCCCAUCACCUCGCGAAUAUGAUUACGAUGACCGUGGUCGUCCAAUACCAAGAGAUCCGCGUGACAUUGACUGGGACGAAAGGGCUCCUCGUGAAUCAUCGAGAGCUAGUGAAGGUGAUUGGGACGAGAGAGGUAAUAGAGGAUUUUCUCGGAAUAAUCGCGAAUUUGACAGAGACGACCGGUCAUCACGUUACAGUGCAAAAGAUAUGAGAGAUGAAAGAAGUCGUCGGGUUUCGCCACCCGGGAGUGAUUAUAAUGCACCUGAAAAGGCCCUCUUAAAGGAUAGUGAACGUGAAGGCGAUGAUGGGCGUGGUCUCUCGAAUGGAUCCAAUAAGGCUCAAGACGAUAAUAAACCGUCAGCGGAAGGACAAGGACAUUUAACAUCUCAACCUAUGGCACGAGUAGUGUCGCUUCCUCCUUCUCCUGAAGAAUUAGGAAUCACUGACGUGGCCCAAGAGUUGAGUAGUUUGCGUGAAAUUGUAGAGAAUUUGGACCUUGAAUCGGAUUCGUUUGACGAGGAAAUCGGCCUCGAGAAGGAUGAUGACUCUACUAUUACUCGUCCAAUUCGGAUUACUGAAGAUACAUGGAAACAAUUAGCAUCAUUAAAUAAUAGCGGAGAGAAUGGCAAUUUCGUUUAUGAUAAUGCUGAGGAUCGAUUAAAUGAAAACGAUGGCAAAGCUGCAAUUGAAGAGGGAGACGUUUCCGAGUCUCAACGAAAGACAAUAACACCCAAUGAUCAGUUAACGGACGCAUCACUGUUAUCUUCAGCAAUUGAGGCUAUUAAUACGCUGGCUGAGUCAGUUGGAAUACCCAAUACAGAAAGUCAACCAGUUAUGGGCGGGGCCGAAACCGAAACGACUGGCAGCCCAGUUCCUAAAGUUGCGAAUGCUCGACAAAGAGCGCUGAGAAGGGAUCGAUUAGCCGGAUCGCCUGGGACAAUGUCUACUCAUGAGAAAGGAUUGCUUCUUGCAACACUAUUAGCUCGUUUGAAUACUAAUGAUGUUGAUAAACUGUUAUUGCGUAAAUUGGAACGAUUAUCUAAGGAAACACCAUUAUCCGAUGGUCCUGAGGCAGAGGAAGUGUGGGAAGACGGCGGUCGAUUCGGUGAAUUAAUAAACGCUUUAUUGACGUUUUUUGAAGAUUAUGAUGAGCGCUCUCCGGAUUUGAAGGAAACGGGAUUACAGUUGUUACAACAGUUGUUGAUUAACCAGACCCGUUAUGUUGCUGGGCUUGAGAGAGACGUGCUUAGAGUAUGCCUUGAUUGUAGAGCAGAUUUGGCUACCAAUGUCUCUGGACAGGCUGACGAAGUUUUGGAAACAUAUGUUCAAAUAGUCGAUGUUCAUACUGGUUUAUACGCCUUAAUAGAUAUUAUGGAAUCUCGUAUGUUUAACAGUGGUUACAGCAAUCCAUCGUCACCUGUUCAGGGUCAUUAUGGACAAAGGUCAAAUCCGAAAGCAGCCGCAUUUAUGGUGUUGGCACGAUUAGUUAGACGAUUCGAGAAGCGGUCGUUGGAGAGAGAAGUUGGGAAAAUCGUUCCAUUAGCUAUAAGAGCUUUCAAUGAUACCAAACCUGAAAUUCGAAAGGCUGUAGUUGAUUCUUUGGUAUCGGUUUAUUCAAUCAUAGGGGAUGAUAAUACAAUGCUCCAAUAUCUAACCAGUCUUAAUCCUGCACAACAGAGACUAUUGCAUUAUUACUUUGACAAGAGUAAGAGACAGCAAAAAUCUACUGCACAAGGGGUUGUUGUAUAA